AUGGCGUGGUGCUGCUGUUCUCUCCCUGCCUCCUCGUCCUCCUGCUGCUCUCUGCUCCUCAAACGCUGCCGUCUCUUCCCAGGUUGGUUCCACUUCACCCUGCCGUCUGUACCCACAGCCUGUAGCUGAGGCAAGUAGUGACAUGAGAAGACAGGGAGCUGUAACUCUCUCCUUCAGACAGACACUGCCGCUGUAGCUAUAUCUAUAUGAUAUGGCUAACAGGCUAUCCCAUGAAGGUAUAGUACAGUACAAGGCUUGGUGUGUCAGUGUGACGCUGUGUUAGGUGGUGUCUGAUUGUGCUUGUUGUGUGUACUGUCGUGGCAGUCCUGUCAUUAUUAUUGCUACUAAACUGUGUAGCUUGUUGUGUUCUGUGUCUCAGUGCAGGAUAACGGAUCAGUCAAUCAUUGUGUAUUGUCUUGUCUUUAUGCUUUGUCAUGUGUAGAGAGUCUCUCUGCUAUGUUCAUAAUAUCACCACUAUUAUGACAAGGUCAAAAAGCAUGAAGACAAUUUUGACUGCAAGUGACUGUCAGCCGUGGCUUACCCUUACCACAGUUUUGUAUACAAUACACAAAGGCUUAACAUUGUUUUGUUGUAUUUAGAGGGCAUGCUUGUUCUAGUCUGAAUGUUCUCUCGUCUUACUGAGCUGUUGUCUCAUGGGUAACGCUCAAUAUUGUGUGGGGUUGUUGGCUGAUGAUGUCAGUGCAGACGUGGCGUGUGGGCCAUUGUGUGACCUCUCUGCUUCUUGCCAUUGUGUUUCCCACCAACUGUCAACCCUUACCACAGCGUUUCCCAAUCCUGGUCCUGGGGACCCGAGGGACUGCACGUUUUUGGUUUUGCCCUAGCACUACACAUCUAAAACUAAUAAUCAACUCAUCAUCAAGCUUUGAUCAUUUGAACGAGGUGUGUAGUGCUGGUAGCUGUCUCGAGCUCAGGGUCGCUGGAGACGCUAUAAGUGCUAGGGCAAAAACAAACAUUUGCACCCCUUGGGGUCCCCAGGGCCAGGAUUGGGAAACACUGUCUUACGAUGUCUGAUGGCUAGCUGCUUUUCUUGUAAAGACGAUACAUCUGUUCACUGUUUGCUGUUUGGUCCCAAAUGUUUGUGAUACAACAACGUUUUCAACACAAUGUGUCCUUCCUUGUGUCCUUCCCUUCAUCACAGUAUUGAUGGAGAUAUAAGGAGAGGAAGCCACUUUAGACUAUUGACAUACACCCCUUGAUGGUGUUUAGCACUUCGUGUUACACUAAUCUCCUUCCCCCUUCCCUGACAUUUACUGAUGUGUGUGUCGCACUAAUCUCCUUCCCCCUCCCUCCCUCCCAGACAUUUACUGAUGUGUGUGUCCCACUAAUAUCAUUCCUCCCUCCCAGACAUUUACUGAUGUGUGUUACACUCAUUUCCUUCCCCCUCCCAGACAUUGGGUGCGUUCCUCUGCCCAGGCAUUGCUGUCGCAUGUCAGAUCUUACCAUGCCUGGACAGGCAUUUUAUUUAUCAGCUAACCACAUCAUAUGUUUUAGCAAUCUGGUGCCCGGCAGCACAGUUGAUGACAUGGCAUGCAACCAUUGGUUGAUACAUGCAACGUCUGAUCAGGGGAGCGUGACCAUAUACUGAUGUGUGUCACACUUAUCUCCUUCCCCCCUCCCAGACAUCUUCCCUGCUGAGCUGGAUGCACUAUGGAGGGAACCACCGUACACGCUAGCAGGAGCCAAUGAGCACUUCCCAGGAAAUGAUCUUCUGAAUCCAGGUAAGUACAGUAAAAGCCUUAAAACGUUCGAUGACACAAAACAUCCAGCUGAUUCUAUCCCAAUUAUGUUCCUCCUUCCAAGUCCUGCAUUACUUAUAUUGCCCAGACAAAUGUUGAGUUUGAAUGUUUCUGGAUUUGUACUGUAGCAAACAAUGAAACAUUGUAUUAUGCAGUAGCCUCAACAACACAAUAGUGGUCAUUUAAGCUGGAGGAUUCUUUCAGGCUGUUGUGUCGUACCACCGUUCACUGGUCACCGGUCAGUCCCAGGUUGAGGAAGUGUUGGGGGCAUUCUCUCGGUACAAUGGGACAACAACAUAGGGAAGCCAGCUCAGCUGCUCAUAAAGCCUGUGUUUUUGUGUGUUUUUGUGUGUUUCUGUGUGUUUCUGUGUGUGUGUGUGUGCGCGCACACGUGCACACGUGUGUGUGUCACACAACACCGGGGAAUCCGCCACAGGUCACAAAGCCCUGUCAGGACAACCAGAGCAACUCAUUGUAUUGUAAUAGACCAUCUGUGAGAUGCAGUAUAUUAUUAGAUGUGUGGGCUAUGAUAGACUCUUCAUGUCCUGUCGAUGUUCUGGAGGAAACCGACUAAUCACUAUUGAAAACCUCAUCAGCUGGAUCACAGAAUAUACUGUACACAAGCAGUCAUAUAACUUUUAGUGUGAAUGUUCCCUCAUACAGUGACAGAGACAAACCUCCAAUUCGGUCACUUUGUCUGGUUACCUUGACUGGUUUGCAUUCCAGAAGGAUAGACGAUGAAGCGAUGUGGUCUCCAUUCCCCCUUCAUAGUUGUCACAAAACAAGGUUGAUCGAUGAUCUUGCACGUACUUACAGAGCAACUGUCUCAUCCCGUUCCUUCCUGAGGGUUGAUCUGACCUGACCUCUGUUUCCUGUCUUCUCCAGGGGUGGAGGGGGAGGAGGGGCCAGGGGUGGAGUCUGGGGAUGGGGAGGCGGAGCCGGACAGUUACUGGAAGAGGAAGGAGGUGUUCACCAGAGGAAGCACCGUGUCACUGGCCGUGGGAGAGAGGUUCUCCUCAGGUACUGUUCUACUCACAGAUACUGUCUAUGGAUGUGUUCCAAAUUGCACCCUAAUACCUGUAUAGGGUGCUACCUUUGACCCAUAGGAUGCUAUUUAGGACAGCCAGGGUGUUUCUCUCUCUAGUCCUACUAUGGAUGUGCUAACUGCUAAUGUAGUGGUGUUAACAGCUGUUGGUCAUGGUUGUGUGGUGUGAUGCUUAUUGUGGAUCUGUUUGUGUCGUGUUGUUGACGCUAUCAUUAAAUCUCUAUUGUAUCCUGUCUCUAUUCUAUACAGUAGUCUACAUGAUGUGCCUAUCACUUUAUAUGAUCACUUUAUCAUUCAUUCUUGCUGUUUGGGGUUUUAGUCAGGGUUUCUGUAUAGCACUUUGUGACAUCUGCUGGUUUAAAAAGGGCUUUAUAAAUAAAUGUGAUUGAAUUUGAUUGAUGUUGUCUGUAUGUAUGUCAACAUCCUGCAACAAAACUGACCUUUGGGAAUAAUGACUCCUCAUCUUCCCUUGAUGUUAACGUUACAGUAGACACAGCUACUUAGCUAGUCUAUGAUACUCUGUGUCUUUCCUCCAGCAGGUUCCAGUGUAGCUCUCUCCCAAAUGGACCUAAUGUUAAAAGGUCCCUUUAAACGUCCACUAAGAGUCACUCAAGGCUGCAAUAGCUCUGUUAUUCCUACAGUCUAACACCGAGACACUCAGCAGCUCUGUUAUUCCUACAGUCUAACACUGAGACACUCAGCAGCUGCUGUGUAAUAUGAGCUCACUGAGCAUGGCUCUACAAUACACUCACUGAGCAUGGCUCUACAAUACACUCACUGAGCAUGGCUCUACAAUACACUCACUGAGCAUGGCUCUACAAUACACUCACUUAGCAUGGCUCUACAAUACACUCACUGAGCAUGGCUCUACAAUACACUCACUUAGCAUGGCUCUACAAUACACUCACUGAGCAUGGCUCUACAAUACACUCACUGAGCAUGGCUCUACAAUACACUCACUGAGCAUGGCUCUACAAUACACUCACUGAGCAUGGCUCUACAAUACACUCACUGAGCAUGGCUCUACAAUACACUCACUGAGCAUGGCUCUACAAUACACUCACUUAGCAUGGCUCUGUAAUACACUCACUGAGCAUGGCUCUACAAUACACUCACUUAGCAUGGCUCUAUAAUACACUCACUGAGCAUGGCUCUACAAUACACUCACUUAGCAUGGCUCUGUAAUACACUCACUGAGCAUGGCUCUACAAUACACUCACUGAGCAUGGCUCUACAAUACACUCACUUAGCAUGGCUCUGUAAUACACUCACUGAGCAUGGCUCUACAAUACACUCACUUAGCAUGGCUCUGUAAUACACUCACUGAGCAUGGCUCUACAAUACACUCACUUAGCAUGGCUCUGUAAUAUACUCACUGAGCAUGGCUCUACAAUACACUCACUUAGCAUGGCUCUACAAUAAACUCACUUAGCAUGGCUCUGUAAUACACUCACUGAGCAUGGCUCUACAAUACACUCACUUAGCAUGACUCUGUAAUACACUCACUGAGCAUGGCUCUACAAUACACUCACUGAGCAUGGCUCUACAAUACACUCACUUAGCAUGGCUCUACAAUAAACUCACUUAGCAUGGCUCUGUAAUACACUCACUGAGCAUGGCUCUACAAUACACUCACUUAGCAUGACUCUGUAAUACACUCACUGAGCAUGGCUCUACAAUACACUCACUUAGCAUGACUCUGUAAUACACUCACUUAGCAUGGCUCUAUAAACGCUCACUGAGCAUGACUCUGUAAUACACUCACUGAGCAUGGCUCUACAAUACACUCACUGAGCAUGGUUCUAUAAUGCACUCACUUAGCAUGGCUCUGUAAUACACUCAAUUAGCAUGGCUAUAUAAUACACUUACCUUCUGGGAGAAUUUACUCCUAAACAGUUUUACCUCUGCAUGUUGAUGUCUACAUGACAAUAUCACAGUAUCAGUCAAUACGCCUACCGGUGAUCUCGAGACUGACAGUGUGUGCGUGUGUGUAGACGUGGUGUUGGUGUUCAGCGGUCGGCGGCGCUCAGGUGUAAUACCUGACUCUGAACUACAGGAGGCGCUCCGUACCAGACUCAGGGUCGUCGAGAGCAACAGUCAGGAUGUCAUCCAGCUCUUCAAGGUUAGUCACAGGUCAUAGGUCAGGGGUUAGAGGUCAAGGCAUGCCAGCAUGCCAAAACAGAUGAUCCCGCCUAGACCAGAGGUGCAGUUCCAACCGUUGUCCUGCUAAAAGUUGUUUCUCCCUGAUGUAGGGGCUAGGGGUUGGUAUAGCAUAAAGGUGACCUUCUCUGCAUCCUCGCUGUUCCUUCAUUACAUUUACAUUACAUUUUAGUCAUUUAGCAGACGCUCUUAUCCAGAGCGACUUACAGUUAGUGAAUACAUAUUUUUUUAUACUGGCCCCCCGUGGGAAUCGAACCCACAACCCUGGCGUUGCAAACACCAUGCUCUAUCAACUGAGCUACAUCCCUGCCGGCCAUUCCCUCCCCUACCCUGGACAACGCUGGGCCAAUUGUGCGCCGCCCAUGAGUCUCCCGGUCGCGGCCUCUUCAUCAAUGUCUUUGGUUCUUCUGCCUCCCUACAGGACCUGUCUGCCCGUCUGCUGUCUGUCCACGCUGAGAAGGACAGCUUUGUCAUCACCUUUAAGACUGUAGAGGAGAUCUGGAAGUUCUCUACCUACCUGGCUCUAGGUAUGCUGUCCUAUCCUAGUCUACCUGACCUGGAUGAAACUCUCAUUAACACAGUCUGAUGGCUGAUUAUUUUGUCCGGUCUGGUUAGAAGUUGCAAAUAGGCACAGAUCUAGGAUCAGCGUCCCACACCCAAUCCUAACCUAAACCAUCGACGUGGAAAAAAACAGACCUUGCAUCAGGAUGUAGGGACAACUUCAUCUUACUUUGUUGUGUGUCGAGGCUAUGUGGCGUGGUGAACCUUAUGAACACCAUAGGCCAUGUUAUAAAUACCUUAUGACAUGUUAUGAACUUAUGUUGUCUCUUUUUUAUGUCCAGGUUAUGUGGCGCGGUGCCUGGAGAAUUUCCUGUGUGACCAGUCAUUCUGGCUGGACACUGAGCUGCUGAGGGACCUGGAGAUCACUGUGACUGUAGAUGAGGAACACCUGGCCACACUCUACCUGGGACUGCUGCUGCAGGAGGGUGAACGAACACCUUAUGAACUCUUUAUGAACACCUUAUGAACACCUUAUGACAUGCUAUAACAUCUUAUGAACUCUUUAUAGACAUCUUAUGAACAGUUUACAAACUAUUAAUGGACAUGUUAUGAAGACCUUAUAAACUCUAUGAACUCCUUAUAUGCUCUACUUUCUUGACCCUCAUCAUCAACAUCAGUUUACAUCACACUCUCCUCAGAGCAGUACAGAAGCAUAAAAGGUCAACUUAUUAUUCAACCACUGAACUGAAAGGACAUUUUUAUGGUAUUUCAGAACAAGUUGUUCCAGAUACCUAGACAUGAAAUGCAGCUCAACUUAUCCAGGCUCUGUCGUAGCCGGCCGUGACCGGGAGACCCAUGGGGCGGCGCGCAAUUGGCCCAGCGUCGUCCAGGGUAGGGGAGGGAAUGGCCGGUAGGGAUGUAGCUCAGUUGAUAGAGCAUGGUGUUUGCAACGCCAGGGUUGUGGGUUCGAUUCCCACAGGGGGUAUGAAAAAAUAAAUAAUGUAAGUCGCUCUGGAUAAGAGCGUCUGCUAAAUGACGUAAACGUAAACUUAAACUGAUGACAUGUUCUGAAAUGUCCAGAGAUAGAGUAAAACAGCAAAACAAUGACAGUGCCCUUAUUCACUCUCUGCCCAAAGAUGGAUGUUCUAUACAGUUUGUCACCCAUUAGCUUAAUGUCAUUUAGAUUGCUAUUGUCCUACCCAGCAUUUACAUUGCAGACAUAAUGUUUUAAGAGGAAGUACUAUUCUCCCUAAUACCUGAGAGGAAUCAAUAGCCAGUGAAAGAAAGGCGUGUGUGUGUUGAGAAUGGAUUUUUAAAACAAUAUUCUGGGAAGCAGGACAGAGCCUCAGUUCCAUGAAAAGAUCCCUUUAGUUCAGUCAAAUGUUCAUUCUUUACAGAAAUCCCCCUGUGUGUGUGUGUGUGUGUAUGUGUGUUGUUCUUUGCGUGUUAUUCACCUGUAUGUAUCUCUCUCCCUCAGGUUUGUUCUUUGCCAAGGCGCUGGUGAGCAGUUGCGAGCAUAGUGAGGAGGAGGAGGAGUUGUGUUUCAGAUGUAACGACUUGCUGAUGGUUAGAGACACGGGGCAGGACAGUCACUGGGAGGGCACCCUUCUCUCCACCGGGCAACACGGACUAGUGCCUGUCAACACCAUGCAGCCGCUGCCAUACCCCUUCUACCAGUGAGCUACCUAGUCCCUACCCCCUAACCCAUACCCCUUCUACCAGUGAGCUACCUAGUCCCUACCCCCUAACCCAUACCCCUUCAGUGAGCUACCUAGUCCCUACCCCCUAACCCAUACCCCUUCUACCAGUGAAUUACCUAGUCCAUGCCCCCUAACCCAUACCCCUUCUACCAGUGAAUUACCUAGUCCCUACCCCCUAACCCAUACCCCUUCUACCAGUGAAUUACCUAGUCCAUGCCCCCUAACCCAUACCCCUUCUACCAGUGAGAUACCUAGUCCCUACCCCCUAACCCAUACCCCUUCUACCAGUGAAUUACCUAGUCCCUACCCCCUAACCCAUACCCCUUCUACCAGUGAGCUACCUAGUCCCUACCCCCUAACCCAUAUCCCUUCUACCAGUGAGCUACCUAGUCCCUACCCCCUAUCCCAUACCCCUUCUACCAGUGAGCUACCUAGUCCCUACCCCCUAACCCAUACCCCUUCUACCAGUGAUUUACCUAGUCCAUACCCCCUAUCCCAUACCCCUUCUACCAGUGAGCUACCUAGUCCCUACCCCCCUAACCCAUACCCCUUCUACCAGUGAGCUACCUAGUCCCUACCCCCUAACCCAUACCCCUUCUACCAGUGAAUUACCUAGUCCCUACCCCCCUAACCCAUACCCCUUCUACCAGUGAGCUACCUAGUCCCUACCCCCUAACCCAUAUCCCUUCUACCAGUGAGCUACCUAGUCCCUACCCCCUAUCCCAUACCCCUUCUACCAGUGAGCUACCUAGUCCCUACCCCCUAACCCAUACCCCUUCUACCAGUGAUUUACCUAGUCCAUACCCCCUAUCCCAUACCCCUUCUACCAGUGAGCUACCUAGUCCCUACCCCCUAACCCAUACCCCUUCUACCAGUGAGCUACCUAGUCCCUACCCCCUAACCCAUACCCCUUCUACCAGUGAAUUACCUAGUCCCUACCCCCUAACCCUUACCCCUUCUACCAGUGAAUUACCUAGCACCCUACCCCCUUACCCAUACCCCUUCUGCCAGUGAAUUACCUAGUCCCUACCCCCUUACCCAUACCCCUUCUACCAUUGAAUUACCUAGUCCCUACCCCCUUAUCCAUACCCCUUCUACCAUUGAAUUACCUAGUCCCUACCCCCUUACACAUACCCCUUCUACCAUUGAAUUACCUAGUCCCUACCCCCUUACCCAUACCCCUUCUAACAGUGAAUUACCUAUUUCCUACCCCAUAACCCAUACCCCCUUUACCAGUAAGUCACAUUACAUCAUAUGCUGUUUGUUCAGCUUAUAACAUGACACAGUGACAUAUUUCCUCUCACCUCAUAUUUUGUAAGGAAAUAUGGCAGCUAUUUUGUGCCAAGCUGAUGUGUUUCCUGUUUGUGUAGGUGGUUCCUGAGGAAGUACCCUGGCUGUGCCGGAUGCUCCCCUUCAGACAGAGGACAGUUUAACCCUAACCCCAAACCUUACCCUUCAGAAACAGAACAGUUUGACCACCCUAUAGGUGAGGCCCUAACCCUAACCCUAACCUUAACCUUAACCCUAACCCUAACCCUAACCCUAACCCUAACCCUAACCCUUCAGACACAGGACAGUUUGACCACCCUAUAGUGAGGCCCUAACCCUAACCCUAACCCUUCAGAAACAGAACAGUUUAACCACCCUAUAUGUGAGAACCUAACUCUAACGCUAAUGCUAACCCUAACCCUAACCCUAACCCUAACCCUAACCCUUCAGAAACAGGACAGUUUGACAACUGUUUAUGUGAGGCCCUAACCCUAACGCUAACCCUAACGCUAACCCCUUAUCUCCAGAGUGGCGCAGUGGUCUAAGGCACUGUUUCGCAGUGCUAGCUGUGCCACUAGAGAUCCUGGUUCGAAUCCAGGCUCUGCUGUAGCCGGCCGCAACCGGGAGACCAAUGGGGCGGCGCACAAUUCGUCCAGGGUAGGGGAGGGAAUGGCCGGCAGGGAGGUAGCUCAGUUGGUAGAUCAUGGCGUUUGCAACGCCAGGGUUGUGGGUUCGAUUCCCACGAGGGGCCAGUAUGAAAAUAAAAACCUUUCAGAAGAAGGACAGUUUGACCACCCUAUAUGUGAGGCCCUAACACUAACGCUAACCCUAACCUUAACCCUAAGCCUUCAGAAACAGGACAGUUUGACCACCCUAUAUGUUAAGUCCUAACCCUAAUGCUAACCUUAAUCCUAACCCUCAACCUUCAGAAACAGGACAUUUUGACCACCCUAUGUGUGAACCCUUACCUUAACCUAACCCUUACCUUAACCUAACCUUCACAUUAACCUAACCAUUAACUUAACCUAACCCUUACCUUGACCUAACCUAACCCUUACUUUAACCUAACCUAACCCUUACCUUAACCUAACCCUUACCUUAACCUAAUCCUUACCUUAACCUAACUCUUACCUUAACCUAACCCUUACCUUAACCUAACCCUUACCUUAACCUAACCCUUACCUUAACCUAAUCCUUACCUUACCUUACCUUAACCCUUACCUUAACCUAACCCUUAUCUUAACCUAACCCUUACCUUAACCUAACCCUUACCUUAAUCUUAACCCUAACCCCACCGGCCUAAAUGAGAUUGCCUAAAUCCAUUUGUGGAUCUUACCUUAACCCCCAGUCCUUAUCCUUACCGUUAACCACUAGCCCCUAAUUCCUAAAUUUUUCUCCCAGCCCUUAUUCUAACCUUAAUACCCAUCCCCUAUCCUCUCCCAAAAUUCUGCUCAUCGUUUGGACCUUGGCCCCUGGUCUCUAAUUCCCAGUCUUGAAUCCCUGGUUCUCAACCCUAGUUUUAUUUUAAAUCCUUUUUAGUUAUUGAAGUAUUUUUAUAUAAGUCUAACCAUUUAAUAUAAAAGUUUUGCCUAUGCCAGUGCACAUCAGAUUCGUCUGUUCUUUAAUUAACCUAACCCUAACCCUAACCCUAACUCAAAGCCUUCAGAAACAGGACAUUUUGACCACCCUAUAUGUGAGGCCCUAACCCUAACCCUAACCCUAACCCUAACCUAAACCCUAACCCUUCAGAAACAGGAAAGUUUGACCACCCUAUAUGUGAGGCCCUAAUCAUAACGCUAACCCUAACGCUAACCCUAACCCUAACCUUAACCUUAACCCUAACCCUAACCCUAACCCUAACCCUAACCCUAUCCCUAAUCCUAACCCUAACCCUAACCCUAACCCUAACCCUAACCCUAAGCCUUCAGAAACAGGACAUUUUGACCACCCUAUAGGUUAUGCCCUAACCCUAACCCUUCAGAAACAGGACAUGUUGACCACCCUAUAGGUUUUGACCCUAACCCUAACCCUAUCCCUAACUCUAACCCUUCAGAAACAGGACAGUUUGACCACCCUAUAGGUGAGGACAGGAACCUUCUACCUACGCCUCAUAGGCCAGUGUUCAAUACAAAUACUAGGCAUUUCCUCCAACUCCCUCUCCUCUCCCCUCCCCCUGCAGUAACUGGUUCCUGUGAGGCUGUAGUUGACCAUAACACAGUAGGUUCUGAUGAGCUCCAGCUGAGUCGAGGUGACCUGAUUGAGAUACAGGGGAUGCUACUCCGAGGUCUUGACCUGUUCAUAGGAACACACUGCUCUACAGGACACACCGGCUUUGUACACAAGGCUCACGUCAAGCCACUCAACGUCAAACCACUGUAAGAGCAAUACAUUUACAUUUUAAAUGUAGACAGAGAAGAGAAGAGCUUGGACUGGGCUGAGCGGGAGCUGCCCUCCCAUAGGGGUGGGAGGGCCAAAAGACCAGAGGUGGUAGAACGGAGUGCUCAGGUUGGGGUGUAGGGUUUGAGCACAGGGAGGGGCAGUUCCUCUUGCUGCUCCGUAGUCAAGUACCAUGGUCUUGUAGUGGAUGUGAGCUUCGGCUGGAAGCCAGAGUAGUGUGCUGGAAGAGCGAGGUGACAUGGGAGAACUUGGGAAUGUUGAAAACCAGGCGAUCUGCAGCAUUCUGGAUAAGUUGCAGGGGUUUGAUGGCAUUAGAGCAUUGCAAUACCAAACCACUGUAAGAGCUAUACAUAACAGCAUUACAAUACCAAAACAUGUUUUUAUUCACCCCUCAACUCUUUCCAGUCUUCUAGGAGCAGUUAAGACAGUGGACAGUGUGUGAUGUUUUCUGUUCACAUUUACUUGGUCUAUCUGUUUAUCUGUUGUCAAUAGUAGAGGCUUCGGAUGGAGGGUUUGAGGGGUGGUUGAGAGCAGACUCAUGUGGGCGAUAAUGCUUUCUUUGUCUCUCUCCCCCUCCAUCUCUCUGCCCUCUCUCUACUCUCUCACUCUCUCUCUCUCCCUCCCUCUCAGAGAUGGACAACUUGUGUUUCUGAGUGAGGAGGAGCGUGCGUCUCUGUCCCAGGUUAACCCCUGCAGUACUGAACCCAUAGACAGCGGCUUGCUAGAGAGGCUCUUCUCCUCUGACAUCAGUGCUGUCUACAGACUUGGUAGGAGAGGAUCCCUCAGUCUAUACAGUAUAGGGAAUUACUGAGUACUGUCAGACUUCUGUAGUAGGGAACCACUGUGUUAUACUGAGCACUGUCAGACUACUGUAGUAGGGAACCACUGUGUUAUACUGAGUACUGUAAGAUUACUGUAGGCAGGGAACCACUGUGUUAUACUGAGUACUGUAAGAUUACUGUAGGCAGGGAACCACUGUGUUAUACUGAGUACUGUCAGACUACUGUUUUCUUCCCACAGAUAGACUGGAUCAGUCUGACUUAACGUACAUCAGAAACCUACCUAAACAAGGUUAGUAAUAUGUUAUCUAAUAACAAGGUAAUAAAAUGUUUAUCAAAGUUAAUACGUUGUUUAUCAGAUUCUUAAUAUAGCCUCAGCUGAAUGGUAGAGGAUUGUUUAAAGGCCAAUAUUUCCUUCUGUCUCAGUCAAAGCCAAGAACAUUUUCUCCUGACAGCUGUAGAUGUUUUGGAAACAACAUAAACAACAGGGAACUCUAUACAUAGUCAAACUCUUUACUUUUCUUCCCUGUUUAGUAGGAGAGAGGGAAACCAAUAAUGUUUCAGUUUUUGCAUACAUGACAUUUUACAAGGAGAGAUAUUUUAUUAUUUAGUUGAAAAGGCAGUAUACACAUUGCAGCACCAAGCUGAACUGCUAGUACAAUUUACUUUGACAGUCAAGGAAGUUUCAUAGCUACAUUUCUAAUGCAGUUUACUUGAACAACGUACAGUACAUGGAGUUUCAUAUACAGUGUAUCUAAACCCUUACACUCAGUGUUCAUAUCUUUCUCUCUCAGAGCAUAAGCCCCACGCCAGCGCCCGGCAGUCCAUCAUCUCAGAGAAGAGCAACGCUACACCCCGCUACCACUCCUCCCCCCGCCCCUCCCUCUCUCACUCCUCGCCCUGCCCCUCCUUCUACGCCUCCCAGAAUGCUUUAGGGCGUGGCGGUGACGGGGAGCUGCUGUCCUUCAGUCUGGACGACACCUUCAGAGCGAUGAACGAGUUCCAGGAAGACCCGCCCCUUUUCCUGGAGGAGGGGAGCUGGGAGGUGGAGGAGUCGGAGGUCUGUGACCCAACCUUGACCCUGCUCAACGUGCAUCACUUUCAGGUGAGAGGUCACAGGGCCACUGUUUUGAAAUUGAAGGGAUUUAGACGCGUCUGGUUUAUUCAGUUCACUUGUGUGUUUGUUUAUUCAUUGAUUCAAGCACUGUUGAUUGGCAAUAAAGUACUAUAAGCAAUAUAUCCUCUCCUCUCCUCUCCUCUCCUCUCCUCUCCUCUCCUCUCCUCUCCUCUCCUCUCCUCUCCUCUCCUCUCCUCUCCUCUCCUCUCCUCUCCUCUCCUCUCCUCUCCUCUCCUCUCCUCUCCUCUCCUCUCCUCUCCUCUCCUCUCCUCUCCUCCAGGAGGACUUCCUGCCCCUGUAUGACCUCCACCACUCCUUCCUGUGGCUGACGUUCUCAGGACAGAGUGAGGAGGAGUUACUGGGCCACCUGGAGAUUGUCAGGGAAGGGGCCAAGAGAACGGGCAUGGCCUGGGCACAACGACGGGCAUGCUUCCUACUGGGGAGGCUCUGCGCCAAGAAGCUCAAGUACUCCCAGGUAGGGUAGAAGGGAGGAACACUGGAGUACGCACACAUAUGGACACAGCACAUACACACACACGUACAAACACACACAUUUAUGCAUGCAUGCACUCACACACACAAACACACAUGCAUAAUAUGAGUGUGCUCUUAAAUUUACUUCAAGGUCCUUCUCCCACCCCUCUGUCCCAGGCCCGUGUGUAUUACGAGGAAGCACUUGGCAUCUCUGUCGACGGUUUCUCUGACCUCCCUCUCCUCAUCGCCCUGUACAUCAACCUCACAGCCGUCUACCUCAAACAGAAGAUGGCCGACAAGCUGCCCCCGACCCUGGAGAAGGCCAGUGCUUUGCUUCUCUGCCUCCCCAGCCACACCUUCACCUCCCUGGAUGAGUUUGAGCUGCUGAAGCUGGUGCUGCAGAGGUCUGUGGUGGAGGAGGACAAACACCUGGAGGCACGGGCCUGCUACCUCACCGCCAGCCUCUUCCUCCUCCUUAGGUUGGUGUUGUCUGUGUUGUCAAUGCUCCCAAAUGGAAUCCUAUUCCCUAUAUAUUGCACUACUUUUGACCAGGUCCCAUAGUGCUCUGGUCAAAAGUAGUGCACUAUAUAGGACAUUUGGGUGCCAUUUGGGACGUAGCCUAUGUCCCUUGUUUUUAUAUAUUUUUAAUACACACACUGUAUCACUUUUAUGUGAUUUUUGUACAAUAUAAAGUUUGUUAUAAAUCAAAUAUAUAAUUAUUAUAAUUAUUACUACAAUUAUUAAUAUAGAAAGAUAGAGGACGCCUUGCCCUUCGUGGAGCGUCUCCAGUUCCUCACCGUUACCCUGUCUGCUGAGGAGGGACGCCCCAUUACCCCCCUGGACCUCAACUGGCUCCUGUCCCGGCUCUACCACCGUAAAUACAUGCCCUACCUGGCCCUGGCAUCACUCAGCCUGGACUCUGGACAGGACCACUCACUACAGGACGCCUUCCACAGGAUAGAACUGUUCAGCAGGAACUCGGUAGGAUAUGGUUUGUUUGUUAGGCCAUCACAUUCUAAUAUUCCCAAAACAAAUGACAUAUUGAUACACAGUAUACAACAGACUGGAAAUAGACAAAAUACAAACCAAAAAAUGCAAAAAAACAUAUAAUACUUAAAAUGUUUUACAUGUAAAUGUUCCAUAGGUGCGUUUGAACCCGAGAUGGAAAGAGGGGACGUCUCUUCUCCCGGCCCAGAUUGUGGUGUACCUGCAGCAGGCUCUGGCCAUUGCGGAGCGGGGUGAGGACCUUAAGACCCAGAGAGACCUGUGUCUGGGCCUGGCCUGUGUGUACCAGCAACACGGGGCCCUGGAGAAGGCCCUGCCCUGUGCCCAGAAGGCUGUACAGACUGGGGGUGGUAUCAACGAGGAGGAGGGGUUUGAGGCUUCAGUACUGCUGGGAUGGUUGUUAGUCCUGACAGGACAGCCUGAGAGGGCACAUAACACCCUGCAGCCACUACUACAGUCUCUACAGGUAACUACAGUCACUACAGCAGUGGUGUAAAGUACUUAAGUAAAAAUACUUGAAAGUACUACUUAAGUAGUUUUUCUGGGUACUGGGUAUCCGCAAUUUACUUUUUAUAGUUUUUGACUACUUUUACUUUUACGUCACUACAUUCCUGAAGAAAAUAAUGUACUUUUUACUCCAUACAUUUUCCAUGACACCCAGAAGUACUCGUUACAUUCUGAGUGCUUAGCAGGACAGAAAAAUUGUCCAAUUCACACACUUAUCAAGAGAACAUCCCUAGUCAUCCCUACUGCCUCUGAGCUGGUGGACUCACUAAACACACAUGCUUAGUUUUUAUACAGAACAAAAAUAUAAACGCAACAUGCAACAAUUUCAGAGAUUUUACUGAGUUACAGUCAAUUGAAAUAAAUUCAUUAGGCCCUAAUCUAUGGAUUUCACAUGACUUUCACAAGCCCAGAUAAUCGGAAUGAGUUUUUCCCCACAAAAGGGCUUUAGUACAGACAUAAAUACUCCUCAGCACCCCUCUUCCCCCUCCUCAGACAAUCCCUCAGGUGAAGAAGCUGGAUGUGGAGGUCCUGGGCUGGCGUGGUUACACGUGGUCUGCGGUUGUGAAGCUGGUUGGACGUACUGCCAAAUUCUCUAAAACAACGUUGGAGUUGGCUUAUGGUAGAGAAAUAAACAUGAAAUUAUCUGGCAACAGCUCUGGUGGACAUUCCUGUAGUCAGCAUGCCAAUUGCACACUCCCUCAAAACUUGAGACAUCUGUGUCAUUGUGUUGUGUGACAAAACUGCACAUUUUAGAGUGGCUUUUUAUUGUCCCCAGCACAAGUUGCACCUGUGUAAUGAUCAUGCUGUUUAAUCAGCUUCUUGAUGUGCCACACCUGUCAGGUGGAUAGAUUAUCUUGGCAAAGGAGAAAUGCUCACUAACAGGGAUGUAAACAAAUUUGUGCACAACAUUUUAGAUAAAUAAGCUUUUUGUGCAUAUGGAACAUUUCUGGGAGCUUUAAUUUCAGCUCAUGAAACAUGGGACCAACACUUUCCAUGUUGCGUUUAUAUUUUUGUUCAGUAUAAAUUAUGUCUGAGUGUUGGAGUUUGCCCCUGGCUAGGCGUAAAAAAAACAACAACAAGAGAAUGGUGCCGCCUGGUUUUCUUUAUAGAAGGAAUUUGAAAUGAUUUAUACUUUUACUUUUGAUACUUAAGUAUAUUUUAGCAAUUACAUUUACUUUAGAUACUUAAGUAUAUUUAAAACCAAAUACUUUUAGACUUUUACUCAAGUAGGAUUUUACUGGGUGACUUUCACUUUAACUUAAGUAAUUUUCUAUUAAGGUAUCUUUACUUUUACUCAAGUAGGACAAUUGGGUACUUUUACACCACUGCACUACAGGUAACUACAGUCACUACAGGUAACUACAGGUAACUACAGUCACUACAGGUAACUACAGGUAACUACAGUCUCUACAGGUAACUACAGGUAACUACAGUCUCUACAGGUAACUACAGGUAACUACAGUCUCUACAGGUAACUACAGGUAACUACAGUCACUACAGGUAACUACAGGUAACUACAGUCUCUACAGGUAACUACAGGUAACUACAGUCUCUACAGGUAACUACAGGUAACUACAGUCACUACAGGUAACUACAGGUAACUACAGUCUCUACAGGUAACUACAGGUAACUACAGUCUCUACAGGUACUACAGGUAACUACAGGUAACUACAGUCUCUACAGGUAACUACAGGUAACUACAGUCUCUACAGGUAACUACAGUCUCUACAGGUAACUACAGGUAACUACAGUCUCUACAGGUAACUACAGGUAACUACAGGUAACUACAGUCUCUACAGGUAACUGCAGGUAACUACAGUCUCUACAGGUAACUACAGUCUCUACAGGUAACUACAGGUAACUACAGUCUCUACAGGUAACUACAGGUAACUACAGUCACUACAGGUAACUACAGGUAACUACAGUCUCUACAGGUAACUACAGGUAACUACAGUCUCUACAGGUAACUACAGGUAACUACAGUCUCUACAGGUAACUACAGGUAACUACAGUCACUACAGGUAACUACAGGUAACUACAGUCUCUACAGGUAACUACAGGUAACUACAGUCACUACAGGUAACUACAGGUAACUACAGUCACUACAGGUAACUACAGGUAACUACAGUCUCUACAGGUAACUACAGGUAACUACAGUCCUCUACAGGUAACUACAGGUAACUACAGUCUCUACAGGUAACUACAGGUAACUACAGUCACUACAGGUAACUACAGGUAACUACAGUCUCUACAGGUAACUACAGGUAACUACAGUCUCUACAGGUAACUACAGGUAACUACAGUCACUACAGGUAACUACAGGUAACUACAGUCUCUACAGGUAACUACAGGUAACUACAGUCUCUACAGGUACUACAGGUAACUACAGGUAACUACAGUCUCUACAGGUAACUACAGGUAACUACAGUCUCUACAGGUAACUACAGUCUCUACAGGUAACUACAGGUAACUACAGUCUCUACAGGUAACUACAGGUAACUACAGGUAACUACAGUCUCUACAGGUAACUGCAGGUAACUACAGUCUCUACAGGUAACUACAGUCUCUACAGGUAACUACAGGUAACUACAGUCUCUACAGGUAACUACAGGUAACUACAGUCUCUACAGGUAACUACAGGUAACUACAGUCUCUACAGGUAACUACAGGUAACUACAGUCUCUACAGGUAACUACAGUCUCUACAGGUAACUACAGUCUCUACAGGUAACUACAGUCUCUACAGGUAGCAUUAUAGACAUCUCUAUACUAUUAUGAGUAUCAUUACCAUAGUCAACAUUGACCCCUAGUCCCUACCCACUACGUACUUGUUUAGCUCUGAAAGAACUGGACCUAAGGUAACAGCUCUACCUUGCCACCUGGUAGGCUCAUGUUACAGUUAAGGACUUGUAAAGAUCUUGUAAUCAAUUAAUCAAUCAAACCUCUAUCUCAUCUCUUUCCUUGCAGGGAACCGAUAGCCCGACCCAGAGGGGAGUGAUCCACAACCUACUGGCUCUGUGUCUGCGGCGGCAGGGUCGCGUCCCCGAGGCCGGCAGCCACCUCCACCAUGCCCUCACCAUCUCCAGGGAGAGUGGCAACCAAAGGAACCAGGCCCUGGCCCUCGCCAACCUGGGCUGCCUGGCACUGUACGUGGGGGCACCCACACUGGCAGAACGAUUCCUAUUCAGGUCAGUAAGGAGGGAGAGUGUGGGGGCAGAGGGGGCAGUGGGUCAAAAGUCUUUGUGUGUGUGUUUGUGUGUUCGUGCGUGUGUGUGUACAGUAGGUGACUGCAUAUAUGCGUGCGUGUUACGUUUGUAGUAAUAUCAAUCCUUUCCUGGUUGGGUUAGUGUUAAUGUCUGUAUCUCUACAUGGUUGUAGCCUGCUGAGUGGGACUGUAUCUCUACAUGGUUGUAGCCUGCUGAAUGGGACUGGUCUGUAUCUCUACAUGGUUGUAGCCUGCUGAGUGGGACUGGUCUGUAUCUCUACAUGGUUGUAGCCUGCUGAGUGGGUCUGUAUCUCUGCAUGGUUGUAGCCUGCUGAGUGGGACUGGUCUGUAUCUCUGCAUGGUUGUAGCCUGCUGAGUGGGUCUGUAUCUCUACAUGGUUGUAGCCUGCUGAGUGGGACUGGUAUGUAUCUCUACAUGGUUGUAGCCUGCUGAAUGGGACUAGUCUGUAUCUCUACAUGGUUGUAGCCUGCUGAGUGGGACUGGUCUGUAUCUCUGCAUGGUUGUAGCCUGCUGAGUGGGACUGGUCUGUAUCUUUGCAUGGUUGUAGCCUGCUGAGUGGGUCUGUUUCUCUACAUGGUUGUAGCCUGCUGAGUGGGACUGGUCUGUAUCUCUAUGGGCGGCAGGUAGUCUAGUGGGUAAGAGCGUUGUGCCAGUAACCGAAAGGUCGCUGGUUCUAAUCCCUGAGCCGACUAGGUGAAAAAUCUGUCGAUGUGCCCUUGAGCAAGGCACUUAACCCUAAUUGCUCCUGUAAGUCGCUCUGGAUAAGAGCGUCUGCUAAAUGACUAAAAUGUAAUGUACAUGGUUGUAGCCUGCUGAAUGGGACUGCUCUGUAUCUCUACAUGGUUGUAGCCUGCUGAGUGGGACUGGUCUGUAUCUCUACAUGGUUGUAGCCUGCUGAAUGAGAAAGACUGUUUCCUACUGUAUAUCCCUCAGGUCACUGUGGUUGUUCCUGGAGAUCUGGGAGAGUCCCGUUGACGAGGAGCACGUCCAGACCUACCUAUGGCUGGGGCGGAGCUACAAGGACAGGGGGAGGAGCCAGGACGUCAGGCUGUGCUAUGAGAUGGGCCUCCUCAUCUCCCUCCAGGCCAGGAACCUACCCAGUGAGUUACCUUAACCCUAACCCUAACCUUCCACACCAGGAACCAACCCAGUGAAUAACACUGUCAAAACUAACCCUAACCCGAAACCUAAACCUAACCUUAAUGCUAGUUCAACUAAACUAUGAAAGACAACAACCAAUCACAAUAAAGUAAAUCAAAAGUAGAUACUAUCUGAACUUGUGUCUCUGUCCUCUGUCCUCUUGUGUCUCUGUCCUCUGUCUUCUGUCCUCUGUCCUCUUCUGUCUCUGUCCACUGUCUUCUGUCCUCUGUCCUCUUGUGUCUCUGUCCUCUGUCCUCUUGUCUGUCCUCUGUCCUCUUGUGUCUCUGUCCUCUUGUGUCUCUGUCCUCUUGUGUCUCUGUCCUCUGUCCUGUUGUGUCCUCUGUCAUCUGUCCUGUUGUGUCUCUGUCCUCUUGUGUCUCUGUCCUCUGUCUUCUGUCCUCUGUCCUCUUGUGUCUCUCUCUCUAGGUCAGAUGGUGGUGGCUAAAGUCCUGAGUCGUCACUAUGGUGAUGUGCUGCUGUAUGGGCAGAGUAUCCUCUACUAUGAGCACUGUGUGUCUGUGUCCAGGGACCUGAAGGACAAGAGACUAGAGGGAGAAUAUCUAGAGAUCCUCAGCAGCCUCUACCUCUCCCUCAAUACUGAGAAGUAGGUUAAUAUAUCUCUGUCUGUCUCUACCUCUCCCUCAAUACUGAGUAGGUUAAUAUAUCUCUGUCUGUCUCUACCUCUCCCUCAAUACUGAGAAGUAGGUUAAUAUAUCUCUGUCUGUCUCUACCUCUCCCUCAAUACUGAGUAGGUUAAUAUAUCUCUGUCUGUCUCUACCUCUCCCUCAAUACUGAGUAGGUUAAUAUAUCUCUGUCUGUCUCUACCUCUCCCUCAAUACUGAGUAGGUUAAUAUAUCUCUGUCUGUCUCUACCUCUCCCUCAAUACUGAGUAGGUUAAUAUAUCUCUGUCUGUCUCUACCUCUCCCUCAAUACUGAGAAGUAGGUUUAUAUAUCUCUGUCUGUCUCUACCUCUCCCUCAAUACUGAGAAGUAGGUUUAUAUAUCUCUGUCUGUCUCUACCUCUCCCUCAAUACUGAGUAGGUUAAUAUAUCUCUGUCUGUCUCUACCUCUCCCUCAAAACUGAGAAGUAAGUUUACCUCUCUGUCUCAAUUUUGAUCUCUCUCUCUGUCUUUCCCUCUGUGUCUCUAUCUCUCUCUCCCUAUCAACACUGCAAAGCAACUGCUUUUGAUUGAAUUACUGUUUUGCUAUUCUCAGGUCAUCGAGGAAGUCACUGGACUACACUAAGCACAGUCUGAGGAUUAAUAAAGUUAUUCAAUUCAAACAGAUCAUCAAGGAAAUCUCUGGACUACAGUAAGCAGAGUCUGCGUAUCUCCAUCGACCUGGGGAAGAGAGAGGAGGAGUCAGAGACCUGGCUUCAGGUGGGGCGUAUCUACUAUCUCAUCCACGAAGACGAACUGGCUGACAUGUACCUACAGGUGAGUUCAGAGAGAGAGGGGGAUGAGAGGGGAGAGGGAGAGAGAGAGAGAGAGAGAGAGAGAGAGAGAGAGAGAGAGAGAGAGAUGAUAGUCGAGAUAGAGAGAGAGAGAGAGAGAGAGAGAGGAGAGAGAGAGAGAGAGAGAGAGAGAUCUACACUACCUCAUCCAUGAAGACCAAUUUGCUGACAGGACCCCUCUCUGAGGGGGAGGGAGGAGAAGAAGAGCAGGCAAGGAGAGUGAAAGAUAGAAGAGGAAAGAAAAAGGGAAGUAGAUUAGUGUUCUUAUGUAUGCCUGCAGAAACCUUAUGGACUCUUAUCAGUCAACAACCACAGCGAUAACCAUCUACUCCCCAUACCUGACCUAUAAUCACACUGGAUCAUAUCAUCUUCAUAUGAUGUCACAAUCUGUCUCUCUUUAAACCUUGUUUACAACAUCCUACGUUGCAUGACCCAAAUGCCAAACAACAAGGUAAGAGUUUAAUGAAUUAUAUGUCCCAUGUUAUAGUACUGCUCCUUUGACCAUACGAGAAGUUCCCUCACAGUAUCGGAUCAAUAAGGUGAUGGAUUGAUUAUGGAUUGAUUCUGAUUGAUUGCCAGGCAGCAGUGAAGACAGCCCUGAGGAUGAACGACCCUCGCUUUUCCAUGAAUAUCUAUGAGGAGGCAGGAGACGUCUUCUUCAAAGGCCACAGGAACAGACUGGCAUCACUGCCCUUCUACAGGGUAUGGAUAAGGGGAUUUUAUUGAAUUGAAUUUACUUAAUUGAUCACCAGAGGAGGAAAUUAGGUGUCGAUCUACUCUGUGAGAUUGCAGAUUGUUAUGACUUAUUGGUAACAUUUAUUUCAAAGUUACUUUCUGUAUAAUAGUUUUAGUUCAAUUGGAAAUGUACACACAUUUAUAACAGGCUUGUCUUUAUACCCUGGCCUGAGCCUGUUAAUAACACCAGUGGUUCUCUGCUCUUGUUUUAGGACGGCAGUCUCCCGUUUGCUCGAAGCAUCCGUGACGUCGACUCAGAGUUCAGACUGCUGAGUAAACUGACUGAACUACUGAUGACCCAGGAAGAACACGAAGAGGCUCUACAGUACGCCAUUCUGGCUGUACAGAUCAGUACCAAAACAGGUACUGUAGGAGGGAGGGACAGAAUUCAAUUUCCACUUUUAUGACCUGGACCGGGAUUUGAAGCAGCAACCCUUCGGCUUCCAGCUACUAGUCUGCUUCCUCUAACCAGGACUACCAAUCUUGGUUUGAAUCUAUUCAUUCCAUUCAUGUAGAUAACCAUCCUGCUAUGUUAUUGUCCUCCAGGUGUGGUUGUGAACGAGCGGGCAGCGUACCACCGUCUGGCUACAGUGUACUACAGUCUGGAGCAGUAUGAGAUGACAGAGAACUACUACCUCAAGUCUCUGUCUCUCAGCCCUGCUGUACUGCAGCACCCCCUGGAGGCUAGAUACUACACCAAGCUGUACUGCAGGCUGGGGGACAUGACGCUGUACAAACGAAAGGUUCAGAAGUACUGCUGAUUUUCUUUACGAUCGGGUAGUUAAUUAAUCUGUAUAGGCUUUCCAGUUUAAUAGCACUAUAUUAUGUGUGAGAGAGAGACAGAGAGAAGGAGAGAGAGAAAUUAUUUAUUUAUUUAUUUAGAAAUAGUAACAAAUCCUUUUACACUUUUAAUGAAUACAUUAACUAAAAGGCCAACGAUUCCCAACACCUCUGUUCUCCUACUCUCCCCCCCUGCCCUCCUCUCCUCUAUCUCCCCCCCGCCCUCCUCUCCUCCAUCGCCCCCCUGCCCUCCCCUCCCCUCCUCUCCUCUCCUCCACCCCCCGCCCUCCUCCAUCUCCCCCCGCCCACCUCUCCUCCAUCUCCCCCCGCCCUCCUCCAUCUCCCCCCUCCUCUCCUCCAUCCCCCCUACUCUGCUCCACCCCCCCCUCCCCAUUCCUCUCCCCAGGAUGCCUAUGACUCGGUGGGCUACUACCAGCUGGCUCAGGCUGCUGCCCUGGAGGACCGUGCCAACCCACAGGCACUGUAUGUGGUCUACAUGAAGCUGGCAGAGAUCCAUGCCAACCACAUGCCAGACCCACUGCUCUGCCAGGCUUACAGGGACAGGGCACAGAGCCUGAGGAGAGAACUCUCUGGGCUGGGCGAGACGGAUGGGAGGGGAGGAGAGAUGGAUGGGAGGGGAGGAGAGACAGAGGGGAGAGGAGGAGAGACGGGUGGGAGGGGAGGAGAGACGGAGGGGAGGGGAGGAGAGACAGAUGGGAGGAGAGAUGGAUGGGAGGGGAGGAAAGAUAUGGGAUACAGACCCGGAGACGAGAAACACAGACAUGGAGGAGACCAAGACAGAGACUGGAUGGAGUGAGUCUACAGGUUCUAUCCCCAAAGAGGCUAUUGACAUGGACAGUGCAUGGAGCCUGAGGUUGGAGCCUGCUGGGCUACGGGACAUGGAGGAGAGAGACACAGAGGGUCAACACACAGGACUGGGAGACAUGGAGGAGAGAGACACAGAGGGUCAACACACAGGACUGGGAGACAUGGAGGAGAGAGACACAGAGGGUCAACACACAGGACUGGGAGACAUGGAGGAGAGAGACACAGAGGGUCAACACACAGGACUGGGAGACAUGGAGGAGAGAGACAGAGAGGGUCAACACACAGGACUGGGAGACAUGGAGGAGAGAGACACAGAGGGUCAACACACAGGACUGGGAGACAUGCAGGAGAGAGACAGAGAGGGUCAACACACAGGACUGGGAGACAUGGAAAGGGGAGACACAGAGGGUCAACACACAGGACUGGGAGACAUGGAGGAGAGAGACAGAGAGGGUCAACACACAGGACUGGGAGACAUGGAAAGGGGAGACACAGAGGGUCAACACACAGGACUGGGAGACAUGGAGGAGAGAGACACAGAGGGUCAACACACAGGACUGGGAGACAUGGAGGAGAGAGACAGAGAGGGUCAACACACAGGACUGGGAGACAUGGAAAGGGGAGACACAGAGGGUUAACACACAGGACUGGGAGACAUGGAGAAGAGAGAAACAGAGGGUCAACACACAGGACUGGGAGACAUGGAGGAGAGAGACACAGAGGGUCAACACACAGGACUGGGAGACAUGGAGGAGAGAGACACAGAGGGUCAACACACAGGACUGGGAGACAUGGAGGAGAGAGACACAGAGGGUCAACACACAGGACUGGGAGACAUGGAGGAGAGAGACACAGAGGGUCAACACACAGGACUGGGAGACAUGGAGGAGAGAUACACAGAGGGUCAACACACAGGACUGGGAGACAUGCAGGAGAGAGACACAGAGGGUCAACACACAGGACUGGGAGACAUGGAGGAGAGAGACACAGAGGGUCAACACACAGGACUGGGAGACAUGGAGGAGAGAGACACAGAGGGUCAACACACAGGACUGGGAGACAUGGAGAGGGGAGACACAGAGGGUCAACACACAGGACUGGGAGACAUGGAGGAGAGAGACACAGAGGGUCAACACACAGGACUGGGAGACAUGGAGAGGGGAGACACAGAGGGUCAACACACAGGACUGGGAGACAUGGAGGAGAGAGACAGAGAGGGUCAACACACAGGACUGGGAGACAUGGAGAGGGGAGACAGAGAGGGUCAACACACAGGACUGGGAGACAUGGAGGAGAGAGACACAGAGGGUCAACACACAGGACUGGGAGACAUGGAGAGGGGAGACACAGAGGGUCAACACACAGGACUGGGAGACAUGGAGGAGAGAGACAGAGAGGGUCAACACACAGGACUGGGAGACAUGGAGGAGAGAGACACAGAGAGUCAACACACAGGACUGGGAGACAUGGAGGAGAGAGACACAGAGGGUCAACACACAGGACUGGGAGACAUGGAGGAGAGAGACACAGAGGGUCAACACACAGGACUGGGAGACAUGGAGGAGAGAGACACAGAGGGUCAACACACAGGACUGGGAGACAUGGAGGAGAGAGACAGAGAGGGUCAACACACAGGACUGGGAGACAUGGAGGAGAGAGACACAGAGGGUCAACACACAGGACUGGGAGACAUGCAGGAGAGAGACACAGAGGGUCAACACACAGGACUGGGAGACAUGGAGGAGAGAGACACAGAGGGUCAACACACAGGACUGAGAGACAUGGAGGAGAGAGACACAGAGGGUCAACACACAGGACUGGGAGACAUGGAGAGGGGAGACACAGAGGGUCAACACACAGGACUGUGAGACAUAGAGAGGGGAGACACAGAGGGUCAACACACAGGACUGGGAGACAUGGAGGAGAGAGACACAGAGGGUCAACACACAGGACUGGGAGACAUGGAGAGGGGAGACACAGAGGGUCAACACACAGGACUGGGAGACAUGGAGGAGAGAGACACAGAGGGUCAACACACAGGACUGGGAGACAUGGAGGAGAGAGACACAGAGGGUCAACACACAGGACUGGGAGACAUGGAGGGGGGAGACACAGAGGGUCAACACACAGGACUGGGAGACAUGGAGAGGGGAGACACAGAGGGUCAACCACAGGACUGGGAGACAUGGAGGAGAGAGACAGAGAGGGUCAACACACAGGACUGGGAGACAGGGAGGAGAGAGACACAGAGGGUCAACACACAGGACUGGGAGACAUGGAGGAGAGAGACAGAGAGGGUCAACACACAGGACUGGGAGACAUGGAGGAGAGAGACACAGAGGGUCAACACACAGGACUGGGAGACAUGGAGGAGAGAGACACAGAGAGUCAACACACAGGACUGGGAGACAUGGAGGAGAGAGACAGAGAGGGUCAACACACAGGACUGGGAGACAUGGACGGGAGAGAGACAGAGACAGGACACCCCAACAAUAUAGAGAGGAGAAACACAGAGAGACAGCAUACAGUCACAGAAAACAGAGAAACAGAGACUGAGACUGGAUGUGGUGACUCUAUCGAUGCAGAAGCUAACUCCAAAGAUGCUAACUGUAAGGAUGGCAGCCACACCAAUGCAGAUAGCCAUCAAGCAGAUUCUGAUGUGUUUAAAGGAGACCGAGACACCAGUCAUUCAAAUCCAGACAAAAACCUCACAGAGGCUACUCACACAGACCAAGACACUGACAGUACAGACACAAGCCCUUGUCAAGCAGAUGUUGAACACACACAGAAUGACUAUACAACAACAAGCAGUGUAUUUGUAGACACAACAAUAACAGAGGAUACUGACAGUACAGACAGAAUAUCUUGUGACCCUAAGAACACAGAGACCACGCCAACAGACACGCAUCAAACAUAGCGACUCAACAGCCACAGACACAGAUACAGACACACCCUACAAACACAGCCCUACAGACAGUCCUCACACAGACACAGAUACAGACAUAUACUCUCCUCUCCAAGGCAGACACAGAGGUAACCCACGGAGAUAGCCCUACAGACACAGGUACAGACAUUCUUCACUCUGAUGUCGAUCGUUCAGACAGUAACGUUAUAAAGACAGACAGACGCCGUUCAGCCACAGACUGA